CUUUUGACAGUUUUCGACCUUGUUUUGUUUAAGAGUGUGUUAGUGUUUGUGUUUUGUUUUUUGUUUAACUGUUGUUUAAAUUAGAAUUGCUGAUUUAUUAACCAUUUUGUGAAUAUAAUGUUACUAAUAUCAAAAUGGGCUGUAACUCUAAUCGUAAUAUUCUGCGUAAACAAUGGUUACUGUAUAAAAUGUUGGAAUUGUCGAUCAAGUAAUGAUCCAAAAUGCGCAGAUCCAUUUGAUAACAGCACUGUUCCGAUAACUGAUUGUAAGGAAGAGAAAGGACUUGCCCAUUUACCGGGCGUGAAAUCUACCAUGUGCCGAAAAAUUCGACAAAAAGUGAAUGGUGAAUGGCGCUACUUUAGAGACUGUGCCUAUUUGGGUGAAGUUGGCAUUAUGGGUGAUGAAAGAUUUUGCUUAAUGAGGACUGGAACAUACAAUAUCUUUAUUGAAUACUGCACAUGUAAUAGUAAAGAUGGAUGUAAUUCAUCUUCACUGUUUGGUCCUGUACCCCUUGUUAUAUUUUCUAUGGCAACAUUGUUAAAAUUAGCUAUAAGUAUCUCUUGAUGAUUUACAUUUAAGAAUUUUUUACUGUUCAGGAUAAUAUUGAAUCUCAGGUACAAAUUGUACUUUUAAUUUAGCCUUUCUAGGGGAGAUAUAAAAAAAAUAUUUAGUUAAAACUCAGGGUUUUUACCAGUGAAGAUUUUAAAAAUACAAUAAAUGACACCCAGAAUAAGGUUUUGGUUAUAUAAAAAUUUAACAUUUUUACAGUAAAGGUAUGUGUUCUAUUUACCAAAUGAAAAUUUACUGAUCAUUAUGUAAUUUUACAGUAUACUUAAAUUUCAAUGUUACAUUACUUAAAAGGCUUAUGUUUCAGGAAAAAAAAAAUGAGUCACAAAAAAAUAGCCACUUCUUACAAUCAUAAGUGUUGCAUAGAUUAAG